UAUUUUAAAAAAAGUUAUUGAUAAUAUUGUCAAUUGCCCAGAAUGUAACAGUUGUAUUGUUUUUACAGAUGAAAACGAUAAACGAAGUGGGCUUUCUCACAAGUUGAAUUUUAAAUGUACUAAAUGUAAAUUUCAGUAUUGUACAUAUACAUCCGAUGAUGUUAAAAAAUCUGUAUCUAAACAAGGCAGAAAUUAUUUCGAUAUCAACCUUAGGUUAUUGCUUUUCGUGAAAUUGGGAAAGGACACCAAGCCUUAGUGGACUUUGCACGAAUUGCAAACACUUCAUGCAUGAAUAACAACGCAUUUAACAAACUUAAUAGCACUAUUCAAAAUGCAUAUAAAUUAUCAGCAGAACAAUCCACAAAGGCAGCUGCAAUAAAAGUUAAACAUAAAGUUAAAGAGGAGCACAUUGGUUCAGGAAAAAAACUAAUUAGAGUUUCUUCAGAUGGCUCAUGGCAAAAAACCCGGUCAUGUUUCGCUAAAUGUUGUAAUGACCACUAUUUCAGAAGAGCAAUGUAUUGACUUCGAAGUCUUUUUCAAGUAUUGUAGGGGAUGUAGAAUGUGGAAAAGAAAGCAAAAUCAUCCAGGUUAUGCUGAAUGGAAAGCUAAUCAUGUUUGCUCCUUAAAUCACAUUGCAUCGUCAGGGGUUAGGGAAAGUGCUGGUGUGGUAAAGAUAUUUAAUCGUUCUGUAGAAAAAAAUGAUUUGAUUUUUAAAUAUUAUUUGGGAGAUAGAGAUUCCUCUGCAUUUAAUGAUGUUCUUAGCAGUAAUCCAUAUGGAAAGUAUCAAAUCGAACCGGAAGAGUUAGAAUGUGUUGGUCAUAUCCAAAAGCGCAUUGGUACAAGAUUACGUAAUCAAAGAAAAGAUAUACAUCAUGGUAAUCGGUUAACUGGAAAAGGAAAAUUGACAGAAUGCGCAGUUAAUAGAAUACAAAACUAUUUUGGUAUGGCUAUUAGACAGGCUGCAGCUUAUAAUUCCUUAAGUAAAAAUGAAAAGGUAUACCAAGUGAAAAAAAACAUUCGCGCAGUUCUUUACCAUUGCACUAAUUUCCUGAUCAAUUUUAUCGCCACGUGUUAUGUCCAGUGGGUCCUAAUAGCUGGUGUAAAUGGAAGAAAGGAAACUCUUCAGAAAUGGAACUAAGUUCUGGGAAAUAUCGUCCAGCUGUUUUAAAAGAAAAAAUGAAUGGCACACAAAGUGAAAUUGACCAAUCAAUUUCUUCCAAGCAUCAAUCAGUUAAUCCAGAUUACAGUUUUGAGAGUAUUCAUUAUUGCAAAAAUGUUUCACCGAUUUCUAAAGAAUCUACAAUUACAUUUUCUAUGAAUGGAAUUUUAUUAUGCGCAUUAGUUGUACUUGUAUCCAUUAUGUUAGCUUAUCUCACGAGUGAUUCUCCAAAUCAAAAGACUUUUCCAUUAGAUCAUUAUUAUGUAACUCCUAAAGUGUUUCAGCUUAAGAUAGAUAACAUGACUAAAAUAUUUUCAAAUCAAGAGAAAAUGUUUUGGCAAAAGAUAAAUAAGCUUGGAUACAAACACCUAGAAAGGGUGUUUAAAAAUGAUACAAGCAAUCUACAACCAUUUACAAUGCUAAUAGCUGGUUAUGAUGGAACAAAUUUGACAAUGAAAUGCUUUUUAAGAGAAUUAGGAUUGGCUUUUACAAAUAAAAGCUAUGAUACUUUAUUUUCUGAAGGAGCCAACAAAGAAAGUUUAGAUAAUCAGAUUCAGGAAAGUUUAAAAUCUCUUCAGAAGUAUGUCGUUGUGACAAAUAUUGAACAGAUGACAUAUGAUACAGCAAGUAUAUUCAUGAACUAUGCUGAUGAACACGUUGAUAGUGCAGUAAUAAGUUUUCCACAAUCUACUAUAAUUAUGACAGCUGAGAUGCCAUUUUCUUUUCCUGAAAACAAUACAAAUUAUAACAGAAUAAAAGAAGAGGAGAAAGUCAUGAAGUAUUUUGUUGAUGAGAUCUGGGGUCCUGAUAAAAACAAAGCUUCAGCGUUGUGGUCUCGAAUCGGAAAUGUUGUGAUUUUAUUAAAACCUGAAAGCUUGAUUAAUUUCGAACUUUGUAAUUAAUGAUUUUUUGUUAUAUAAUAAAACUUUUUACAAAUAAUUAUGAUA